AGGAGACGGAGAGGCUGCCAGUGCCGCGGCACAGGCAGCAGCUGGAGGCGCAGCCGCGCAGCGGGGGGCUGCCUCCGGCGCCCUGCGCCGAGGUGCUGCGGCGCUGGAGGCCGCGGUGCUGCAGCUGCUGCCCCGCCUCGGAGGCCGAGAGCGACGCCUCGUCGCUGUACGGCGACCCCGACCGGGAGGAGGAGGAGCUCGAGCAGGAGGACGAGUUCGGCCCCGAGCCGCACGAGCACGGCGACGUGCGGGCCCACGCCCCCGCGGUCGCCGCGCGCUUCCCGCGGGCGCUGCGCCUGUCGGGCCUGGGCCCCGGCGACCUGCGCGAGGCGCUGCGGUCGGCCGACAGCCCGCGGGAGGCCCCCGGGCCGGAGGGUGCGGCGGCGGAGAGCCUCUUCCAGAUCGGAGCGGGCGAGGACGACGUCGAGGUGCAGCUGCGAAGUCCCGCCGACGCGGCGCUGGCGCGCAGGGUGGCGGAGAGGGAGGUGCUGAAGAGGGUCGCGGCGUGGAACGGCACCGAGCUGCGCUUCGUGGGCCUCUUCGCCAGGAAGCACCUCGGCUCGCCAGCGUGGGUGGCGCGCUACAGGCAGAGGACGCGGGCGAGCCCCAGCCCCGCCGGACGGGCCAAGUUCGCGGUGCUGGAGCUGGAGGUGCUUGUCUUGCCGCAGGGCCCGGUCACCUUCGAGCUCUCAAUGCACUGGGGCAAGGACGAGGGCAGACUGGGCCCGUGCAGGGCGAACGACCACGCCGCCUUCUUCUUCAACGGGGACCUCGACCUCGGCGAGUACCCCCACGGGCAGGCGGUCGUGCGCGCCGAGGUGGGCACGCUGGACCUGCUGUUCCGGAGCCCCGCCAGCACGCCGCGGUUCGCGCUGCGGCACCCCAGGACCCACUUCGCCAGCGUGCGCAUCGAGUUCGACAGAACCAGCCAGGCGCAGGCCACCGCUGGCCAGCCCAUCACUAUCGGCACUUCAUGCUCCAGGGUGCUGCCGCCACCCUGAGCCCGGAGGCCCUGAACAUAUCCUGCGCCGGCGAGCUGGCGGGGCUCGCGGGCACCUACCGCCGGGCGACCACGAGGGGGGCCGGGGGCGGCUGCCAGGAGGGCCGCCUCAGGAGAGGGGAGAGGGCGGCGUUGAGGCAGUCCCGCGCGGCCGCCCGCAGGGAGAGGGCCGCGGCGCUGCGGCUGUCGCACCUGGGGCUGUACACUGACCAGGACAUCGAGAGCGACUGUAUCUCGGAGGACGGCAGCGCGCUUGACGGCGCCUCCGAGGGCGCCGCGACCUCCGACAGCGAGUUCGCAGGCGGCGACGACGAGCGCAGCGAGCUGAACUGGUACUGUUGCCCUGAGAGGAGGGUGCUGCUGUUCCCAGCGCUCUGGAAGCGGUCCCGCGACGACGACGACGAGAGCGCCGAUUCCGAGGACGAGGCGAUGGGUAGGCCGUGCCCGCUUUCGGCGGCGCGGUGGGUGUUCGCUCGCUACCCCGCGGCGCCAGCGGGGGUCGCAACGGGCAGCAGCAGCAGCAGCAGCAGCAGCAGCAGCAGCAGCAGCGGUCUGGCCGCAGCCGCGACUGCCAUUCCGACGCUGACGAGGCCAGAGGUAAUGCAGGCGCUGGCGCGUCCCCUCGCGUGGGUGGACAUCCCCGGCAGCGCGGAGCUGCAGGGCACCUUCCAGGCGGCGGUGCCCACGUGGGUGCCCCUGCCCGGCGCGGCGCUCGAGGCCGUCCUGCCCCGCGGCGACGACGGGCUGCGCGGCGUGGUGGUGCCCGCGCGCCCCCCCGAGUUCGAGCGCCUGGCGUGCGGGCGCGACGACGCCGCGCCGUGGUGGGAGGCACGGGCGCAGGUGCUGCGGACGUCCCUGCGCCUGGGCCCCGCGGCGGGGAGAGAGGCCGGGCGCCGCCGCGGCCCGCGCCCGGAGGCCACCCUCGCGGACGUGCGCGCCGCCCUGCCCAUCGGGCGCUGGGUGGGGCUGAUGAACCUGCACCACGAGGAGCACGCUGAGCGCACCGGGCCAGCCUGGAGGAAGCACUGCUCCACGCUGCGGGCGCUGUACCGGGAGUUGGACGAGGCGUUCCGGUGGCCGAGGGCCAAGACUGCGUCCAGGAGACUGGCCCGCCUCCUUGCACUGCCGGGGCCUGGGCACUGCCAGCGCGUGCAGGAGGUGCCGGACGCGGUCUCGGGCUGGUGCGCGUUCGGAGGGCGCGACCUCCAGCCGUUGGUGGAGCAGCUCGUGGAGCUGGCGCGGGAGCGGACGGACGAGCACGUGUCCUUCGCCACCUCCCUCCUCAACCCAGACAGGUUCUUCGACGAGUUCGCGAUCCCGAAGGCCAUCCAGCACGAGGUCUGCCGCUCCAGCGGCGACGCGCUCGAGCUGCGGAUCUGCGUGCAGCCAGGGCUGCUGCUGCUGGCACUGCUCGCCUCCUCGCGGCCCGUGGCCAGCGGCCGGCAAGACCCCAGCGCGCUGGACAUUUGCUUCGAGUGGCGGCUGGAGGACAAGCGCCAGGCCCCCGCGCCCGCCUCCGCAGCGGCGGCGGCCUCCGCCGGCGCGGCCUCCGCCGCCGGCGCCGCCAGCUCCUCGGCGGCCGCCGCGCUCUCCCCGGCCUCGGCGGCGGCCGAAGGCAGCUCGGCGGCAGCGGCCGCCAGCUCGGCGGCGGCGGCGGGCGGCUCCGCCUCCGCCGCGCGCUCGUCGGGCGGCGCUGCCGCGCCCGCGCCCCGCGCGGGCGGCGCAGGCACGCCUGCGGCGCCGCGGGCGGGGCCGAGCGGCGGCGCCAGAGCCGCUGCGCCCACGGCGGACCUGCCGUUCACGCUGCUGAGCAACCACGAGGACCCGGAGCACGAGCAACCCGCGCGCUUCCGCGACCACCCCCUGCGCCCCGAGCAGCUGCGCACGCUGCGGUGGAUGCGCGAGGCGGAGCGGUCGGAGGAGGCCUUCGUCUUCGACCGCGAGGCCGUGGACUCGGCCACCCGCUUGCACGGCUGGAGGAUCCGCGGGCGGCUGCGGAGCGCGGUGCGGGUGCGCGGGGGCAUCUUGGCCGACAAGGUCGGGUACGGCAAGACCGCGACGACGAUCGGCCUCGUGGAGUGCACCCGCGGCGAGGGCGCCCCCCGCCACCCUGGAGGCCGAGGCAGGGUGUUGGUGCCGAGCAGGGCCACGCUUGUCGUGUGCCCCGUCAACCUCAUCACGCAGUGGGUGCUUGAGGUGCAGAAGUUCGUGGCCGGGGGCUUGAAGGUGAUCCCGCUCCAGACCUACGCCCAGCUAAAGCGCACAUCCGUCCAGGACCUGGCCGAUGCUGACAUCGUCCUGGCCACCUACAGGCUCUUCUACUCGGCGCCCUACCUCGAGCGUCUGCGGCAGCUGGCCUCCCUCCAACGCAGCGGCGGGCGAGCCAAGGGCUGCGCCGUGGUGCCGCCGUGGAGGGCCGCCCAGAUCCGCCGACGACAUGCGGUGUACCGCAGGGAGGAACCCUUGCCGCCCGCGCUCUGCUGGCCGCCCCGGGCCCACCACCAUGCUCGCUGGCCGCACCGGCGGCCGCGACGCGCGGCGGAGGCAGUCGCUGCGCAUCUUCUCGCGCCAGUACGCGCGGGUCCUCUCGCAGCUCGAGCGCG